GGAUUUUUGUGCAGAUAAUAGAUAUAAUAACGCGUUUGCUUAAGUAACAAUUGGCAUCAAAAUUGAAAGAAUAUAAAUACGUGAUGUAUAAAACGUGAUCAAAUGUGAUGCAGUAUAAAACGAGAUCAAAUUUGAUUUGCAUAAUUUAACAUGUGAAAUUAAUUUCUUUCGGAUCAGAUUUAAGUUCAAGGUUUAAGAAGAUUGCAAUGUUGAUGUAUUUUGUUUAGAGCUGAGAUAAGGCUCUAUAAUCUCUUGCGAGCUAUUGAUUCGGCUAAACAGUUAUCAGUCCACUUGAUCCGUGCCAAUUGAACUCGUUUAAGAAUAAUUCAUGUUCACAGCUAACAUAACGUGCAUAUAUCACUUUCUGCGUCGGUGCAGCAAGCCGGCCGAAAGGUUAGGGAUGGUGAAGAAAGCAAAAAUUGUUAUUGUUGGAGCAGGUGCAGCUGGCAUUGCAGCUGCCUCAAAACUCUUACAAAAAGGAGUGAGUGACUUCGUGAUACUAGAAGCCAACAACAGGAUUGGUGGCAGAAUACACACUGUAAACUUUGGUGACAAUGUGGUGGAGCUCGGAGCCCAAUGGAUUCAUGGUCAAUCUGGAAAUGUGGUGUACAGUCUCGCUUCUAAAUACGAUAUACUGGGCACGUUUGACGUGAUGCUUGAUCCUAAUAGGCACACCUUUGUCACGAUCAACGGUGAAAUUAUACCCAAGAAGGAGAGUAACGAGAUUCUGAUGAUGUAUUUUAAUAUCAUGGAGGAAGCACGAGAGGAGCUCAAUGAAGAAAAAGGAUCCCUCGGAGAUUACGUGGAAAGAAAAUUUUAUGAGAUUUUUCAUGAGAAACCUUUCGCGAAUCGUGCUCGAGCUGCCGAAUAUUUAUCGUGGAUGGAAAAGAUGGAAAACUCUAUAGAAUGUAGUGACUCGUGGUUCGACGUUUCUGCGAAACGCCUGACGGAGUAUUGGAACUGCGAGGGUGAUCUCCUUUUAAAUUGGAAGGAACGUGGUUACAAAACACUCUUCGAUCUAUUACUGCAAAAAUUCCCGAAUGCAGAGGAAUGUUUGCCAGUGAUGGAGAAGAUAGAGUUCAAUAAAGUCGUGACGACCAUCGACUACAGUUCCGGCGAGAACGUUAUGGUGACUACUCGAGAUGGAUGCAAGUACUCCGCGUCACAUGUUAUAUUCACUGGAUCUCUAGGUGUCCUGAAAGAAAAGCAUUCCACGAUGUUUGUACCACCGUUGCCGGCGAAAAAGCAACGCGCUAUAGAGGGAUUAAAUAUUGGAACAGCAGACAAAGUUUAUCUUGAAUUUUCGCACGCAUGGUGGCCACAAGAUAUCGUCAGUUUUAAUUUUAUCUGGUCAGAAGAAGAUAAGAAGGAUUUCUUGCAUACCUAUGGUCAAAAAAACGAAUGGCUUUGCGACGUAUUUUCCUUUUUCACUGUAGCUUACCAGCCAAAUCUUUUAUGCGCCUGGAUUGUUGGGAAAAGUGCAAGAAAGAUGGAAAGCUUAUCGGACGUUGAGGUCUUUGAUGGAUUGUACUUAUUAUUGAAAAGAUCAUUAGAAAAAGAAUACGACAUAGAGAAACCGAAGAGAAUAUUGAGGUCUAACUGGUACACCGAUGAACAUUUUCGGGGCUCGUAUAGCUUUCUCAGCACAGUUUCCGAACAAAUGGAUGUAAAACCGAAAGAUCUGGCUGAGCCAAUCGUAAACAGAGAUAAACCUGUAAUCCUCUUCGCCGGAGAAGCUACGCACGAUCAUUAUUAUUCUACUGUGCACGGCGCGGUGGAAACUGGUUUCCGCGAAGCGGAUCGAAUAGUCGACUUUGAAAGGCAAACUGCCUUCGGAUUACGCAGAACACGCGGUCACUUAGACCAACUCGUUAACAACUUCAACGAAGCGAUGCGGAUAGAAAUUGAUGCGUGUGCGAGAAGAACGGAAAGAACGGGAGUCGUGAUAAUAGGCGCAGGAAUCGCGGGCCUAGCAGCGGCGAAAACUCUACAAGAUGCGGGAUUCACGGAUUAUCUCCUGCUCGAGGCUCAGGACAUAGUCGGAGGUAGAAUUCACUCUGUUCCUUGGGAUAAUGGUUGGAUAGAUUGCGGAGCGCAGUUCUUGCACGGUGACAAGAGCAGGCUGGCAGAAUACUGCCUCAACAACAAUUUACUAUCGAAUAUUCAAGGCACGGACGGCGAGGGAAUUUUCUUACGUGACGACGGGGCAAUAAUGUGCGACAGUUUGGUUCGCGAGAUCGACGAUCUCGUGCGAACGGUCUCGGACGAUAUCUGCGAAUCUCCAAGAAGCUUAAAAGAACAUGAGAAUAUUGGCUCCGUCAUGCGGAGCCGAUUCGAGCAAUACUUACGCGAAAGAGAUGAUUCCUCAAUCGACAGAGGGAUGAAGAAGGAAAUUUUCGAUUGGAACAUGCGCUUUCUCCUGGUAGAUAAUUGCUGCCACUCGGUAGACGAUUUAUCAGCAACACUGUGGGGAAAAUUUAAGUACGUCGGUGGACCGGAGCAUAUGCUGUUCAAAUCCGGUUACAGUUCCUUGACGAGUCUUCUCGUUGACAAUCUGAACGAGCGAAACGUGCGACUGGCCACCCCCGUGGAGACCGUUCACUGGCGGAAUUUCGUCGACUCGCAGAAAAAUCAUCCGGUUACCGUGACGACUUCCGAGGGGACACGGAUUCUCGCUGAUGCCGUCAUCGUCACCUGCUCGCUCGGCUACUUGAAGGAGAACUAUCGGAAGAUGUUCCAACCAUCCUUACCGAGACAUCUGAACGACGCCAUCGAGAAUCUCGGCUUCGGCACUAUUAACAAGAUCUUUCUGGACUUUGGUGAACCCUGGUGGCAAACUGGCGUGAAAGGUUUUCAGCUGCUCUGGCGCGAGGACGCCAAUCACCGGUGCUUGCCGGAGUGGACCAAGGACCUCACGGGAUUCGACGUUCUGCCAACCCAACCGGCCACUCUGAUAGUGUGGGUUGGCGGACGAGGAGCGUGCAUUAUCGAGAGUUUGUCGGAGCAGACGGUCGCAGAGGAUUGCGUGAAUCUAUUGUCGCAUUACCUACCGCGUUACGACAUUCCGCCGGUGAAAAAAUGCGUCAGAACUAAAUGGAACGGGCAUGAAUACGUGAAGGGCGGCUACAGUCAUAUCACGAAGAGCUGCGAGGCAGGCAACAUCUCGCCCAGAACAUUGGCCGAGCCGGUUUGGGCGACGACAUUACGGAACGAUGUGAAGAAGAAUGUACCAGUCAUACUGUUUGCUGGCGAAGCCACGCACGACAACUUCUACUCGACGACCCACGGAGCUUACGAGACGGGGAUACGUCAAGCUGAAAUGUUCUUGGAAUACCAUGCAAGUACCGUGCAGAUACAAUAAAUAUAUCGACAUGUAAAUAUGUAAAUAUAUUAGUACAAUAAAAUGUUCUUAAUAUCACAGUGA